AUGGCAGACACCAAAAGACCCGCCGCCGAGGCCCCCGGAACGCCGUCGCAGCAUCGGCAUGUGGUGGAAAAGCCCACCGUUCUCCAGGUGUCGCGGCCAUAUCUCUCGCACGCAGAACUCUCGUAUCUCCAUGCCAGUACCAUCCCAGACAAUAAGAAAAUCGCAUACAACCAGCGCAAACACCAAAUGUACCAGUUUCUCUUCCAGGUCAUCAAGACCUUGAAGUUCCCGCUACGUGUUUUGAGCUUGCUGAUGAACUACUACCAGCGCUACUACUUGUUCAACAACUUCGACGAGCAGGCCGACAUGAACCCCGAAAACGACCCUUUGGUUGAGCUCGAAAAGGACCCGUACAUGGUUGCAUACACAUGUCUAUUUCUUGCCACCAAGAACGAGGACUGCAUCAAAAAACUCCGGGAUAUCCAGAACGUGGCCAACAAGAUAAGGGACAUCGAUGGCGAGUCCAGAAACCACUACCGAAACCUUAGCAACUCGUCGAACACGGUGCUCGAGAUCCAGCGCAAGGUCAUCAUGAGCUUGGAGUUCAAAUUGCUCCAGGUGCUCAAAUUCGACUUUCUCAGCGGGGCCGCAAACGUGCCAUCUGUGGACCAGUUGGUUGUCAUGUUUGCCAAGCAGUUGGGCUUGGACUAUAAACCCACGUUUUUCGCAUGGCUCGUGGCGUUCGACAUCAUGUCCACGCCGCUCUCGCUUGUGAUUCCGCCCCACUGUAUUGCGUUGGCCAUAGUCAUUGUGACGUUGAACCUCAAGCCGGUCGACUUGAUCUCGAAAUACGGGGACAUUGGCGACCUAGAAAAAACCGGCAGUGUCUUGGAGAACAUCGAUUCCAUGCGAGACUUCCGGUGCCCCGAGCUGUUGGUCAACGAGGGCAUAGUCUAUGUCUUGGACUACUACGUGCACCAGAUGAAGUUCCUGGUAUUGAACGACUACUUACCGGCGGUGAACGCCGAGACGGGCAAGGAACAGAUCUUCAAGUUCAUGGGGCUCAAGUCCCGGUUCAACGACUUGACCAUUCUCAGCGAGCAGUCCGUGUCGACCAACGGCUUGCUCAAGCAGGAUAACUACUUGCGCAAAUGGGAUUAUAAAGUUGGGAGCAAAGGCGCUGCGCGGUUCAUGAUUGGCAACAAGAGGCGGCGGUUUGAGGAGGAGUUUGCCAUUUUGCGUCCGCCAAAGCCCAACAAGGUGUAA